AUGAAAGAUUCCAAUGCCACCUUUGUCAACCCUGUAUAUUUCAUCUUAUUGGGAGUCCCUGGUCUGGAAUCUGUACAGCACUGGAUGGGGAUUCCAUUUUGCAUCAUGAUCUUCCUUGCUCUUGUGGGGAACUGUACUAUCUUGUCUGUCAUCUGGAGGGACCCAUCACUCCACCAACCCAUGUAUCUUCUCUUGGCAAUGUUGGCCAUAAAUGACCUUUGCAUUUUCCCUGUCCUGUUCCCUAAAACUUUGGCCAUCUUCUGGUUCAACCUCAAAGAGAUUGAAUUCAAUGUCUGUCUGACCCAAAUGUUCUUUGUGCAUGCUCUGGCAGGGUUUGAAACUGGGAUCCUGGUAGCCGUGGCAUUGGAUGGAUAUGUAGCCAUAUGCCGGCCCCUGAGGUACACAGCUAUCCUGACUCCUCAAGUCCUGCUGGGCAUUGCAAUUGUAGUAGUUAUGAGGGCUGUUCUUCUCAUCUCCUUCUGUCCCAUCCUUAUCAAACUGAGGCUAACAUCUUUCCACUCCACAGUAAUAGCUCAUUCUUAUUGUGAGCACAUGGCAGUGGUGAAACUGGCUGUAGGUGACACUCGAGUCAACAAGUUCUAUGGUCUGGCCGUUAUCCUGAGUUUGUGUUGGUGUGACAUCUCCUUCAUCUCUACCUCCUACGUUCUUAUCUUCAGGGCUGUCCUGAGGCUGCCUGGGAAGGAGGCCAGGGUCAAAGCAGUCAACACCUGCACAGCCCACAUCACCAUUAUUGUGCUCAGCUACUCACUGGCACUGUUCUCCUUUCUGGCGCACCGAUAUGGCCACCAUGUAGCUCCCUAUGUCCACAUUCUCCUGGCCAACAUCUACCUCUUAGUACCUCCUGUGGUGAACCCUAUUGUCUAUGGAGUGAAGACUAAGGAGAUCCGCAUUAGAGUGAUCACCAUGUUCUCCCUUCAGAGACAAAGGCUUAAAUUUUAA